GCAUACUUUCCAGAUCUGUCUCCGGCUCCGCCAUGUUGCUUCCGGUUUCGGCGGAGGCGAGGUUGGUGUCUGUUUGUUUGGCCCUACGUUCUAGCCACAGAGAAGCUGACAUUUGCCACCAAGUUGUGAUUGUGCAAUCCUCUCAUGUCUCAAAGAGUUAGGACAAUGGACACAUCUGAGGGGUUGGUGACAUUUGAGGAUGUCUCUGUGGACUUCACCUGGGAGGAGUGGCAGAACCUGGAUGAUGCUCAGAGGAAGCUUUACAGGGACGUGAUGCUGGAGACCUACAGCAGCCUGCUGUCCUUGAACCAGUGUGAUCCCAAACCUGAGUUGAUCCUGAAGUUGGAACAAGAAGCUGGGCCAUGGAAGGAAGAAGAUAUCCCAAACCAGAGCCUCCCAGAUAUGCAGCAUGUGAAUGACCCAAAUGAGAUCAUCCAGGACAAUCGACAGAUACGUGGAUGCAAUCUGGUAAUUGCCAAGAGCAGCACAUCAGCUGAGGAGAGGGCUAAAGCAGGAAAAACACUUACUAGCUCAAACUGUGUUUUAAGGCUGGCUGUAAAGAGUGGCGUGUCUUCUGGAGUGAGACCUGGGGCACUUAAUAUGUGGGGUAAUGCGCUUCUCCCUAGUGAGCCCAGUAAGAUGCAGGCUGUAGAGGAAUUUGAUCUUCCUAAUGUAACCAGGAUGUCCCCCAAACUUCCUGAGCCUCUUAGUCUAUAUCACAGUACUAAAUGUAAAGAACAGCAUUUCCAGUAUUGUGGGCACGGUGAAGCUUUUCACACAAAGACAGUGUGGUUACAGGAUGCAUUUCCUAUCAGAGAUCCCUCCAGUAAGUUGAGGAACUACAGGAAAGGAUUAGAAAAGUUAGCUUUUCUUACCCAAGGGGGGAUCCAGGUACAAGAGCAAACUUAUGAAUGUAAAGUAUGUGGAAAAUUGUUCUAUAAAAAUUGUCAUCUCACACAACACUUAAAAGCACACAAAGAAAAGAGAUGUUAUAAAGGUAAUGAUUGUGAGCCAGUAUUCAAUAUACAAUCAAACCUCCCAAAACAUCAGUGUUUGGAUGUGAGAGAAGAGCCUUAUACAUGUAAUGAAGAUGAGAAGUACACUUGUCAGAAAUCAGAAAAAAGUGUUCAGCAGAGAAUCAUGGAGGAUAGAAGGAAUGUGUAUGGGAAAACUGUAUGCUCAAAAUUAAAUCACAGUGCUCAACAGAGUCCUCACAAAAAUGAGAAAUCCCAUGAGUACAGUAUAUCCGGAAAAACAAUUAGUAAGUCAGACCUCCAACUUGAGACACCACACAGAUAUGAGAAAGCCUAUGAAUGUAAUACAUGUGGGAAAACCUUUAACCAUACAUCACGUGUCUACUCACAUUCAAGAGCUCACACAGCUGAGAAACCCUACGAAUGUAAAGACUGUCAGCAGACAAAACUCAUUGUGAAUCAGCAAACUCACACGCAAGAAAAGCGCUACGUAUGUAAUGUAUGUGGGAAAGCCUUUUACAAAAGAGCCCACUUAAAUGCACAUCAGAGAACUCACACAGGUGAGAAGCCAUAUGACUGCAAGGAAUGUGGGAAAACCUUUAGGCUGAAGUCAUUUCUUGUUGUACAUCAGAGAAUUCACACAGGUGAAAAGCCCUUUGCAUGUAAUACAUGUGGGAAAAGUUUCAAGCAGAGGACAAGUCUCUACACACACAUAAGAAUUCACACAGGUGAGAAACCCUAUGAAUGUAAAGAAUGUAGGAAGUCAUUUAUUCUUAAGUCAUAUCUCACUGUACAUCAGAGAACGCAUUCGGGUGAGAAGCCCUAUGAGUGUGAUGUAUGUGGAAAAGCCUUUAAGCAGAAUUCCCACCUUCAUGCACAUAAGAGAACUCACACGAGUGAGAAACCCUAUGAGUGUAUUGUGUGUGGCAAAAGUUAUAAGCAGAGUCCCAGCCUCUACACACAUAAGAAAAUUCAUACAAGUGAGAAGCCCUAUGAAUGUAGACAGUGCAGAAAAUCAUUUAGUUUGAAGUUCCAUCUCACCAGACAUCAGAGGACUCACUCAGGUGAAAAGCACUAUCAGUGAGAGGUGUGUGGAUGAGCCUUCAGCAGAGCUCACACCUGUGUACAUCAGAACUCACCCAGGUGAGAAAUCCUAUGACUUGGAAGAAUGGAGAACAAAUCACUGCCACUAGUCUUCUCCGUGUUUAUUAGGAACUUAGUGGUGAGAAACUCCAUCAGUCUUGUGUAUGUGGAAAGACCUUCUGCCGGAUGUCAAGCUGGUACAUCAGAGAACUCAUGCAGGUGACAGACUUUUAUAAUUAAAAACUAAGAAAAUAUUCCAGCCAAAGAUACAUCAGAGAACUCACAAACAUGAGAACCUUAAGAGCAUAUAAAUGUACAAAAUAUCAACCAUAAGAUACAACUCAUUGUUCAUUAAAACACAGACAGAUAGUGAAAUGUUGAAAAACCUUUCUCCAGAUAUCAUAUCUCAGCAGUCAUUAGGUAAUUUAUACCCUAUAAGGAAACCCUAUGAAUGUAGAAAAUCCUUCAACCAUAGCUCAUUCUUGACUGCUUACCAAAGAAGACACAUGGGGACAUCUCCAUGAAUGUUGUGCAGAAAACACUUACUCAAGACAAACCUCUGUGUCCACCUGAAAACUCAAAACUGAGAAACCCUGUGACUAUAAAUACUGUAGGAAAUAUUUCAACCAUAAGCCAUCUGUUGCUGUACAUGCAAGAAGUCACAUAGGUGAGUAACCCUAAACACAUAGCUGAAUAUAAUGUAAGCAGAGAACCCUUUAAGAGAUGCCAAGUCACUUUGCAUUAAAAAACUUGCAGUACUGAGGAACCCAAGAGUAACUACAGGGAAAUGCCUUUUCACUAGGUAGACCUCUCUAAACAUCAGUGACUCUGGUAGGAAGCACAUGAGUCAUGUAUGUGGGAAACUCUUUUACUAGCUGUCAGACCUUCACUCACACAGAAGUAAUCACCAUAUGUAUCUGAAAAAGCCACAUAAUAUAAAUAAUGUAAAUCAGACCUCAGGAAACAUUCGAACUAGCACAGAGGGGACACUGUAAAGUAGGUAAUAAUGUGGGCAGUGUUUCUAAGAAGUCACUCAGCAGGAAUUCAUCCCAUAGAGUUCUUAGUUCCAGGAAGCAGACGCCCCAAGAUUUAUUUUCUUUGCUGUACUCAUCAGCCUGUGAUUUGCAGUCCAUUUCUGUUUCUGAGACCUCUUACUAAGCUCUUUAGUGGGAUGUAAAUGCGUGUGUUCUAUUUAUUUCUAUCCCACUGUCCCCCAAAGUCUUACAACAAACUCCACCUGGGUGCCCAUCCACAGCUGGCCUGAAGCACAGAUAAUGUCUAGCAUGUUUGGGAGCCAUGUGUAGAAAGGCACUGUGGCUUAGGAAUGUGUGUUGUCCAGAGAGCUGUGAACCACCUGCAUGUUUCUACCAUCUGUAGUGUAUGGAAGGGAGAUCUGCACAAUCUGUAAUAAUGCAGACCCACGGCUAUUGAUUCACUGUAAGAGGUGGGGGAGACAACUAGAUUGUCAUUUUAGAAGACUAUCAGGAGAGACCUGGUUGCCACUCAUCAUUCUCAUGCUGCUUGUGGGGAAGAAGAAAUCCUGAUAAAAAUUCCCGUAAACACCAGGUGUGUUUCUGGUAUGGAUCUUCCAUUAAACAGAUCAUUGAGUGCACAUUUCUUUUAUGUGUGAAACCUUUCAAGAAAAUUUCAAAAAUCCUUGACCAAGGAAAAUUAUCACUAUGGAGUCUGUACAUUAAUUUUUCUUGGAGAAAAACUUUAAAUCUCAUAUUCCAGGUUUUUUUUCAGAAUCUGCAUGCCAGGAGAUGAAUAUUGGUAAUACUGCCUAUCAGUGGGCAUCAGUUUCUGUCUGGGGACAUUUGUGAUGUUCUAACUAGAUUCUGGGAGAGGCCAGUGGCAUAUACAGGGAUAUAGCUGGACAGCCUACAGUAUGUUGGAUAGUACAGUCAUGUAUGUAUGGUUCAUGGAUAUGAGUUUGUCAUAUCAACCAUGAUGAAACUAAGCAGAAGGGACUCUCCAUGACUUUGUGUAAUGUGAUGCAGUGUACAUUGAUUAAUGUAGUAACAUGCUGCAAUGUAUAUUGAUACUUCCUGCAUUUGAUGCCAUUCUGGCCUCUAUAUCUUCCUAGCCUCAGACAUUGUAUUAUAUACUUUAUUAGUCUUGUGUCAUCUAGAUGUGUAUGACAGUUGUUAUUGGCUCAAGUAAAUAAAGGUAUUCUUUUCCUAA